AGUAGAGUGUGUAUAUGGGUAAAACUGUCUUUAUGUAAUACACUACAUAUUUCUAGCAUACCAAAUGCCUUACGGAAAAAUCGAUAUUCGACACAACUGGCAUUAGCAUCAGAUAUUUGAUUAACAGAAGUUUCUUACUAAAGGAGGUUAACUUUCUAAAUCUAGUUUCAUAAGACGAAAUGAAAAGUUAUCUUAGCAAAGGGAAUUUGUUGCGGUUCUUUAUAGUAAACGCGGUUGUUAGUUUUUUAUUUUAUGCGGUUUGGCCAGAAGAAACAGACCGUUUAUUCAGAUUCAGUGAAGACCAGUUACAACAAGCACAUGGGGCAUCUGUUGCAAAUGCGCAGAUUGGCAUGUUUGAUGAGGUAUCAGGGAGAAACGCUGAACGAUUGAAUAUAAUUCGUGAACAGUGCAGUUUGUUGGGAAAACCAAGACAAGAAGAGACAUCAAAACUUAAAUUAAGGACAUUGUGUAACCCCAGUCAUUCCGUAAUUUAUUGCAGAGUAAAUAAAGCAGCGUCAACUUUCAUUAUAGAUACUUUAGCUUACGUUUUGAACUGUUCAGCUGAUUGUUUACGCAAUUCUUCUUUAGAACUGUACAGUCUCCCGGAAAAAUACGUGAAAGACAUACUUCAAAAGACAGCUUAUUCUUUUAUGUUUGUAAGGGAGCCGUAUGGGCGAUUAUUUGCAACUUACUGUAAUAAGUUUUAUUUUCCAAAAGGCUUCUGGACGCCGGUAGGAUUACGCAUAGUUAAACGGUUUAGAGAGAACCCAUCCAAUGAUAGUCUACAAUAUGGACAUGACGUAACAUUUACCGAAUUGAUACGUUACACUGUUGAAGAGUUCGAAGCCGGUAAAUCUAUGGACGAUCAUAUUACGCCCAUGCAUGUAAGAUGUGAUCCCUGUGAACACCGUUAUAAUUUCAUUGGUAAAUUAGAGACCAUAAAGUCCGAUUUAGAGUUUCUAGCGAAUGAAUGGCAAUUAAAGAAAAUUUCAAAGAGAAUUCCGGAGAAAAUCAGUGAAAAGAACAACAGUAAAACAUUCCGACCAAUGGAGUAUUUUCAGGCCCUUCUACAGAGGUUAAAACUUGAACAGUCCAGUAUUAAUACAAAUGACCUCUAUAAAAGAGCAUGGCGUUAUUAUCAGAUAACUGGAAAAAUAUAUAAACAUAUCAAUAUGCCAUGUCCCCCAACAUAUCUCAACGAAAGUAAUUUUAAAGAUUUUUUUAAAGAAAUGAAACUUGCAGUUUUCGCUUCAAACGUUAGUGCUACUGAACUGAAAGCUCAAAAAGAGGAAGCAAUGUUAGAGGCAUAUUCAAAAGUUCCACUGAAAUAUUUAUACAGACUGAGAAAAGUUGUUUUGAAAGAUUGUCUUUUCUUCGGAUACGAUGACCGGCCAAAGUGGUUGUUCAACAGGACGUCAAGUAAAGUUAACAAAAGUAGUUUUAACUAUUUCUCCUAAGUUUUAGUCACACUAGCAUAACGGUUGUCUUCUCUUUUUAGAGAAAAACAUAAACAAAACAACAACAACAACAACAACAAAAAAGACUGCAAAGAUAAAUGGAUGUGUUUCGAUGUUUUUGUCAAACUUCUAUAAUUGACAGAGAAUGACAAAGAAUUAUUCACUCAAAAUGAGGUGUAGAAGGCAGUGAGAUGUAAAAAGAUUAUUUGAGUUUAUUCUGUAGUAAACAAAUAUGACAGGAAAAAUAACUCUUAGUAGUUCUUUUCUCAUAAUUUCCUGUAAGUUUUAAGAUAAUUCUUAAAAAUGAUGUAAGAACGUCUUAGCCGAAUUCGAAAAGUUUAAAAAGUCUCUAAAUUUACAUGUACUAAGUCAUGUUUUCAUUAAAAUUGAAUUUCCGA